AUGACUUUAAUUAGUGGAAUUUGUAGCUUAUUAGCUAUUAGCUUACUAUCUCCUGUACAAAGUAUAGUGGCUUUAAUAGGACUGUUCGUUAGUGUCGCUAUUAACCUCUAUACCUCUGGAUAUGUCCUUUUCGGUAUAUUGUAUAUCCUAAUAUAUGUUGGUGCUAUCGCUAUCUUAUUCUUAUUUAUAUUAUCCUUACUUAAUAUAGAAUAUACAUAUAAUAACACUAUUAAUCCUUUAAUAUUUACUAUAGUUAUUGUAUGUUUAAUACCAUUAGAUUUAUUUUAUAAUAAUAAUCUAAUUUCUAUAAUAGAUUCAAAUAUAGAGGGAAUAUCAGAGAUUUAUUUAGAAUUAAAUAUAGUAGGUGCUCAAUUAUAUACUGAGUAUGCUAUACCUUUAGUAUUAAUAGGUCUUAUUUUAGUUUUAUCAAUUAUAGGUGCUAUUAGUAUAACUAAAUGUUAA